AUGGCUGCGCCCUUAGGAGUGUUGUCGUUUCCCUUAGUUUUGGACCCACACACUUUUCCCAACAAGGACAAGAAAGUGGUGGUGAUCUCGAUCAUUGGGAAAAGUGAGCUGAGUGGAUUUGCCUCUAAAGCCUCCAUACUAAACCCUCUGUUGGAGAAGGAUGUCUUUAAGUGUGUACCUGGGGCUGCACAAGAGAUUACAGAAAAAGGCGAUAUUGAAUGUUAUUAUGACAAUGAGGGCCAGGCUGUAUACCUCCAUCAUCGCAGUCUUUAUGAUGUCCACCGACUGGCCAUGCUGUCUCAGAAGCUUGUCAAGGAAGAGUCUGCACAGGACCUGUUCUCCCUGUGGCAGAAGGAUGAGUAUAAGACGACUAAAACAUUACUAUGGAUGUUCAGUGUAUCUCAUAUAGUCUUGCUCUCGCAUCCAGGAUCAUCAUUUGAUAUAAGCUAUGUGCGAAUGUUUAGGACCCUCGACACUAUCAGACUGAAAUUACAGCACUGUGUGACAGAACAGUUACAGAACUUGCCUAUAUCCAAGGACUGGUACCAUUCUGGGCGACCCUGCUCUCCACGGGUCUUGUUUGUCUUCAACAAGCCUGGCAGACCAGAACAUCUGUCAGAUGACGUCGACACUGGAACCAUUAGUAAAAAAUCAUCGCAAGUACGUAAACCGCAGCACAGCAUGGAGGAUCAAAUAUACCGCAUCUUGCGAAAGUCUCGAGUCAUCACCAACAUCAGUAACAACUCACUGUUUGCUGUACCAGCUAACCAGGAAUUUGUGUUCCUCCACGGUCACCAGCCUGAGGUCACUGAUCCAGUCCAGCAAUACUUACAUCAGCUAAGGAACAACAGUACGCUCAACAAAGACUCUGAUUCUCCAAGAAGCUAUCAGGCCAAUCGGAGGUCAGCGCAGUCUGGUCUCCAUGACAUGACAAGGUCAUCGUCCCGGACACAGAGGUCAGGCAGCUCCUCCAAUUUUAAAGAGUUCCUGUCACAGCACAUAGAAACAGCAUUGGGACGGGGUUUUGAUGACAAUGUUGGAAGGAACCCAGUUCCACCUAUUUUUGAUGUGCCAACUUGUCAGACCUGGUUCAAUGUGUCCUCUAAACUCUACAACUUCUUCUUCGGUGAUACUGUUAGUGGUAAAGCACAAGCCACCUUUAACACCCUGAAAAGUCUACUGGAAACAGAUAUCCGCUUCUCUGAAAAUCGAUGUAACAAGGUACUGCCUCUGGCUGAAGCAGCAUACCAGGAGGGACUGCCUACUCAUUACAUCACUAACUUUCAUCUGACCAAGCUUGCUCAGGCCCAUCGAGUGUUUUAUCAGUUUGCUCGAGGUCCUGCAUGUGAGAAGUACCUAAAACAAUUAGAGGCUGCAUGUGAGAAAUAUUGGAAAAAUGGACAUCAGCUAUGUGAGGAAGUCAGUUUGACUGGAAACCACUGUGUGAAUCCGUUGCACCGCUUGCCUGAGGAGGGGGAGACAGAGGAUAACGCCCACCUGCCAGUAAUGGCUCACUCAAGUCAGAUGAAGACAAAGGCUGUAUGUAACUGUGGCCGAAAACAGGCAGACAAGGAUGACCCAUUUGACCACAAGACUGCGAACUUUGACUUUUUCGAUGCUUUGGAGAAGGUAUGUUGUGAAGAACUAAAGCAUAUUGAAAUGCCAGUAUUUCAACCCAGUACCACAGAGGUACGGGCUUGUCAGCUUCUAGCCACACCUGACAGCAAGACAGAAAACAAGGACAUUGGAGGAAAGCAAGACGUGAUUUCAGGACUGACCAACCUCAGUCUGGCUCUCAGUCUAGGGCAAUCUGGUGCUAGUGACUAUUUUGGUCAUACUGAGGGAACAGGAGGGGGCAGUCUGACAACAGAUGACCACCCAUCUAAAACGCUUGACCACCAAGGAGAGACUAGUACAAGUGACCAGAUGGAAGAGACAACAAAGGAAGGUGGAGUUUGUGGAAACCAAGAGGAGACAACUCAUCCUGAUGUCACUGGUACAGUUGCUGAUGUGAAGGAGGAAGCGGAACAUCCAAGAGAAGGUCUCCAGCAGAGUAAUGAGAGGACACUAAGGGAGAUAACGGCUCCUCCUCAGGAUGAUCUAGCUGAUUUGGGAAGCGAACACAUAGACCAUAUAUCUGAUCCUCCUGCAGAUAUGCCCACCUGUACAGUAGAUGAGGUGAAGGAUGACCCGAUCUCAAUGUCAGAGUCUGAACUGAUUGCUCUAAGACAACACUCUACAACAGAAUAUUUACCUGGUAUGCUUCACUCCGAGUCGCCCCUGGGCCUCCUUCCAAAGUUCCCAUCCUGGGCGCUCACCUGCCUCGGCAAGAGUACCCUUUAUUCCCACACCUUAGGUUUGGAGUUACCUGGCUUCCUCCAUGGUAGUAACUACCUCUUACCUUGGGACAUAACUGCUAAGAUAGAGAAGGAAAAAUGGCCGUCUGUUGGAGAGAUGGCGUCAAGAAAAGGCAAACAAAAGAAAAUCAGUCCAAAAGAUGUUGGUGAGUUGAGUGUCCGUGUGUUCCUAGGAGAUGAGUAUGAAUGCCCACGUGGCCAUCGAUUUUUCUGCAGUGGCCCAGAGAAGAUCAUCAAGGUCUCCAACACAAGUACUGUUAAGGACAAUGCUACUAAACUGGUGAAUCUGGACAUGCCUCUCUACUGUUCCUGUCCUCAUUGUAGGAGUUCUAAGGGGUUCUUGGCCCAACUGAUGCGGCUGUACAUUGUGACACCAGAUAGCCCCCUCAGAAUCACACUGUGCCCCCAAAUACAGCCAGCACCCCCACCUUGCCCUCUGUUUGGCCUUGGCUUUGAAGGCCCUGUGGAACUACCACCUGGAGGACUCUGGUGUCUGCGUAUUCCACAUGUGUAUAUGGGUGAUGCUGGCCCCUACACAAUACCCUCCGACCAACAGAGUUUACAACACUGUCACAUGUUGAAGGGUGUUUACAACUAUAAGGUAUCUUCCCCAGAUUCCUGAAGGACUUGUCUCUAUUUGGUAGGAGCCAUCCCCCCUUUUCUUGUAGGACUCCUGAAGAAUUUGUCCUAUUUUGGAGGGCCAGCCUACAUUUUAAGGACUCUUGAAGGACUUGCCAUUAUUUUGAAGACCAGGCUGCAUUUUUAGGACUCCUGAAGGACUUGUCAGCUUUUUGAAGGGCAUUUCCGCUUUUUAGGAUCUCUCUAGAAUUCAGCAUUAAUUGGGAUGUUUUAUUGUCCACCAUUGAAACCCCUGAAUUCCUUACUUAAGAGUGCCAUCUCCUUCUGAAGGACUUGUCAGUAGCUAAGAGAGCCAUCUUCUACUUCAAGGCCGUCAUAGAGACUUGUCAACAUUUUGGAGGGUCAGUUUUUUUUCCACUUCAGAGCCUUCAGACUUCGAAGUCAGCACUUGAUAAGGCUAUCCCUCGCUGCCAGGGAUUUCUGAGAUGGUGUCAAUCCAAGCAUAUAAAGACUUGUGGAGCAAUAUCUACAUAUCUGCACCAGGAUGGCAAGGAUAACGAGUCAACUGGAUGUCAGGAUCCAUCCAGACAAGACUUCAAGUAGAAAAAAUAUGGUGUCAAGAUGUUCACUUGGCUAAUGUCAUACAAGAAUUUUAUUAAACUUGAUCAUUAUCAAGUUUAUCUUUGACAUGAUCUUGUUUCAGAGGUCAAAGGUCAGGGCCUCUUUAUAUAAAAUUGUUGCUUGCUCCAGUCUUAUCAAACUAACAACAUGAGAUUUGUAUGCCUUUGCUGUUUGCUGAAGGGAGAGGGACUUACACUGAUACCCAUGUCCAUCCAUUCCAUUAUCUGCUGUGUCGUGUUGAAUAACAUCAUGUGCGAUUCCAAAUCAACAGAUUUAGUUCAUAUUUCCCCCUUAGUAUCAUAAUACCAUGUUCUACACCUGACCAGAUUCUGGUUCACACUUUCCCUAUAGUAUCAUAACAUCACAUUCUACACCAAUCAGAUUCUGGUCUGUAUAAGAGGUGGGGGGCCAUUUAUGUCUUAUAGACAUGUUAUGAUAAAUAUUUUUUGAUAUUUAAAAAUUUCCACAUAAGUUUUCAGUUAUUUCAAGAAUGAUGGACCUAUGGAUAUACAAAGUGUUACGGUCUAUAAAGAAUCUAUUUACUAGAACAGAUUUCAGGAUGAUUUGGAGAAAUUCACUUGUUCAAGUUAUCAAGUAAUCAAGAGAUUUUCUAGUGUUAAGAACUAAGUUAUAAUUGUUGUUGUUGGUAUCCUGUUUAAAACUGUAAAUUCUCUACAGCUUCCUAACCUAAUAAAAAAUUCUUUAAUCAACCAAUUAAGGCCACCCUGCCUUACACCAACACAAAACGAGUGCCCUUGUAUACAUGGAAAAAUUUCACCUGAAAAGUACAGAGACCUGAAGCUUUGAUAAAAGGCUUUGAAUUCAGAACUGAAAACAAUAUAAACAUCAGACAUGAUACUCUGUAGUUGUGUACAAUGAAAGAGAUAUUGUGAGACUUUCCCAGAAAAAAGAUGAGGGCGUCAUACUGGUGUAGGUAUUCUUAUAAGUAUGAGUACAUUCUUGUUGCUGUUGAUUUUUUAAGAUUGUCCAAAAUUAUGCUGAGUUCUUAAAUUUUCUGUAAUAAUGAAAGUAUGAUGCUUGUGAUAAUCUUAAAUAUACAUAUAUUAUAUAUAUAUGUCAGAUUAAA